GUUAAGUGACUAACACUAUGCUGUAUAAAUACUAGGUCCUCAACCCAACCUGAAACACAACCAGAGGAAAAGAGCCCAGGAUCAAAACAAAGAAAGAAGAUAAGACUGAAGAACAAGGAGAACUGAUCUGCUGAUAAUCUUUUUCUUUCGUCGUAGCAGCAAGAUUUGACUGCAUAUUUUUGUUGCUUUUUGCACAAGUCCGCACUAGAUCUCAAAAUGAGAGGCUGUGCUUUAGUUUGGUGUUUACUUUUGGGGAUCAGCAUCCAGAGCGGAUGGAGUGUUCCCCUCAAAUCUGUUUUUGUUACCUUUCCUGGAGAUGUCAUAAAGAACAUGAGUGACACAGAUUUGGCAGAGAGUUAUCUAAAGAAGUUUGGCUAUAUGGACACUUUACACCGCAGCGGCUUCCAGUCCGUGGUGUCUACUUCCAAAGCACUGAAGAGGAUGCAGAGGCAGCUGGGGCUGGACGAGACAGGACAACUGGACACGCAAACACUGGAUGCCAUGAAACGGCCUCGCUGUGGUGUUCCUGAUGUAGCUAACUACAAAACCUUUGAUGGAGAUCUCAAAUGGGAUCAUAAUGAUGUCACAUAUAGGAUCUUGAACUAUUCUCCAGACUUGGAUAGUUCUGUGAUUGAUGAUGCCUUUGCCAGAGCCUUCAAGGUGUGGAGUGAUGUGACUCCUCUGACUUUUACUCGUCUCUUCGAUGGCACCGCUGACAUCAUGAUAUCUUUUGGGAAAAAAAACCAUGGGGAUCCAUACCCAUUUGAUGGUAAAGAUGGGCUUCUAGCUCAUGCUUAUCCUCCUGGUGAGGGCCUGCAGGGAGACGCCCACUUUGAUGAUGAUGAGUUCUGGACUCUGGGAAAAGGACCAGUGGUAAAGACGUACUAUGGAAACGCCGAAGGUGCCAUGUGUCGCUUCCCCUUUGUUUUUGGGGGCAAAACAUACACCACCUGUACCAGCGAGGGUCGCGCAGACAAGCUGCCGUGGUGUGCAACCACAGAUGACUAUGAUAAAGACGGCAAAUACGGCUUCUGUCCAAGUGAACUUCUUUUCACGAUCGGAGGAAACUCUGAUGGGGCGAAGUGCGUCUUCCCUUUCGUCUUUCUGGGAGAUGAGUACAACAGCUGCACCACAGAAGGCCGCAACGAUGGCUACCGCUGGUGUGCCACCACCAGCAACUUUGACCAGGACAAGAAGUAUGGAUUCUGCCCAAAUCGCGAUACAACAACCAUUGGAGGAAAUUCUGAAGGAGAGCCCUGCCACUUCCCAUUUGUGUUCCUUGGGAAGGAGUACGACUCAUGUACCAGUGAAGGCAGAGGAGAUGGGAAGCUCUGGUGUGGUACCACUUCCAGCUACGAUGACGACAAGAAAUGGGGCUUUUGUCCUGAUCAGGGCUAUAGUCUGUUCCUGGUGGCAGCUCAUGAGUUUGGCCAUGCCCUGGGCUUAGAUCACUCCAAUAUUAGAGAGGCACUCAUGUACCCAAUGUACAGUUAUGUGGAAGACUUCUCUCUGCAUGAAGAUGAUAUUGAAGGCAUUCAGUAUCUUUAUGGUGGUAAAACAGAUCCUAAACCAACUGUCCCUCAACCCAACACUCCCACCACUACAGCCAUACCAGACCCUGAUGAGACUGACUCCACUGAUGAACCAGAACCAGAACCUGAACCUGAACCCACCAAUCAUCCCACCACCACAACUUCAACUCCAUUGGACCCAACAAAAGAUGCCUGCAAUGUCAUCAAAUUUGACACAAUCACUGUGAUUGGAGGAGAUCUGUAUUUCUUCAAAGAUGGGCACUAUUGGAGGAAGUCUGGAAAGGGGGAUUCAGCUCUCAAAAGCCCCAUGCUUAUUUCUGAAAGAUGGCCUGCUCUCCCUGCUGUUAUUGACUCUGCCUUUGAAGAUGUCCUGACCAAGAGGCUUUACUUUUUCUCAGGCACCAAGUUCUGGGUUUACACUGGGAAGAAUGUUUUGGGUCCACGCAGCAUUGAGAAGCUCGGCUUGCCGGACAGCGUUCAGAAAGUGGAAGGAGCACUGCAGAGAGGACAGAACAAGGUGCUGCUCUUCAGUGCUGAGAACUUCUGGAGACUGGAUGUGAAGACCCAGACAAUUGACAAAGGCUACCCCAAAUUCAUUGAUGUUGUCUUCGGUGGUGUUCCCAUUGAUGCUCACGAAGUGUUCCAGUAUGAAGGUCAUACCUUCUUUUGCCGGGAUCGUUUCUACUGGCGGAUGAACAGCCGAAGGCAGGUGGAUCGUGUUGGCUAUGUGAAAUAUGAUCUCCUCAAAUGCACCGAUCCCUCAAGUGGCUACUAAAAUGUAUUGAAGGAUGAGAUGAAAGUAGUCUAAAAUGUCAGGGCAAUUUUGCAAAUGUGUAAAUGCUUUGAAGAAUGUGAUGCAGUGUUUGUCCUUAGCCUCUGUGUACCAUGUGAGUAUUUCUAUGAUGUGAGAUUUGGCUUUCAUUUAUGGUGACAAACCAUUUCUCAUAACACUAUGGGCCUCACUUUAGUCCAAAGAUGUCAUACAGAUCAACAAAGUUCCAUCUAUGACAUUAAUUUGUCUGUGAUCUGAAUAUGGCAAACAGUUGUGUGUAUGUUUACCUGAAAUUUGAGACUCACAGCCAAACCUGAACCAAAAAAAUGGAAUCUGAUGACAGAUUUACAUAUUUAUUUUUAAGUCUGACAGGUUCAGACUCCUAACAGUAUUGAAAUAUUUGAUAUUUAUAACUAUAUAUAAUUUUAAAUUUAACAGGAGUUUUUUUUGUUGUUGUUGUUUCUGUCUCAUGUUUUUUCAUGAUCCUGUUUUUUUUCUGAAAAUUGUUGAAAGCCAAAUGUUUGCACUGGAAGACAACACGUCUCAGUCAAUAAAACUAUUUAUGUGACCAAAAA